AUGGCACAGUUCAUACAAAAUCAGUUCCGGGGCGAAGUCUUUGAGACGACGAUGCGCCUUUGCGAAGUAGUGUCUUCGGGCUUGUCUGGUUGGUCUUCUAUCUUUGAACCUCGAAAGCUGAAACUCACCAAGGUAUCACUCAAGCUCUGCCGAGGACCGGAAAUCUCAUCAGCGUGUCACGGUGCAAAAAUAUUUGGACCCAUUUUCAACGGCAAGCAAGACUAG